GAAAAUGAAGCUGGCGAGAAGUUUCAUCACUUCCGUUGGGCAAUUGCAGGCGGCAGGCCAUUGUUGACUCGCCGGAAAUUGCAGCCAUAUUCUCCGUCAUUCGUCUUAGGAAUACUAAAAAUGGCGGCAGGGGAGUCGAUGAACGGCGGGAUCAGCGCCGGAGCGAACGUAGAGGUUGGGGACGGCCAUUUGGUGGAGAUGUCUCUGUUGCCCGGUUCCGUACCAGCUGACCGUCUUCCUGAUGCCGUGGCCUCAUCUACGGACGCUUCAAUUGCUAUUUCCGAUGAUCAAGUUACUCCAUUGCUCCCUAAACCAGAGAGGACUAAGAUCAACAUCUUCACUAUCACGUACCCUAAGCGAAAGUCUAAUAAGGAGCAAGUGGUAAGGUCAGAAUCCGAUAUGUCGCCUUUUAUGGAGUUUAUAACAUGGGCAUGGAGCGGAUCAAGGUACUCUGGACUACUAUGUGUGACUUUAUCAUCUACAAUCUACUGUACUAUGGAUUUUCUUUCUGAUAUCUUUUCAGGUCAAUCAAUUUCCCUUUUUGAAAUGGCAUUUACAAGGUGUACAUUACUCUUGAUUUUUUCUCUUGUGUGGUUGAAGAGAACCGGACAGCCAAUAUUUGGCCUGAAGAAUGUCACUACACUUUUGGCUUUAAGAGCUAUAGUUGGAUAUUUCUCAUUAUCAAGUUUCAUUUACUGCAUUCAAAGAUUGCCAUUGUCCCAGGCUGUUGUAUUGAGUUUUACCACUCCAAUCAUGGCUGCAGUUGCCGCUCGGUUCAUAUUGCAUGAAAAGAUGAAAAUGACUGAAAUUGGAGGUCUAGCCACCAGUUUCUUUGGUGUGCUUUUUCUUUUUCAACCAAUGGCCAACUCAAAAGGAUCUUUGCCAGAUAUUGGAGAAGCUAAUGACGCAUAUGUCAACGGAAACUAUCAUAUUUAUGCAGUUUUCGCUGGUCUAAGCUCAUCUGUUGCUGCUGGAAUCAGCUACUGUCUUAUAAGGGCAGGAGCUAAAAAAACUGAUCAACCAGUGCUCACGGUUUUCUCAUUUGGUCUGUUUGCAAGCCCUGCUGCUGGAAUUUGUACCUUCGCCUUCGAAGUAAGAACCUUGUUCAUGUCUAUGCUACUUUACAACAACAGACCUGGUAAAAUCCCACACAAAUUAGGGUUUGGGGAGGCUGAGUGUACGUGGAAUUUACCCUUGCUUGGAAGUAGAGAAGCUGUUUCCGAGAGAUCCCCUGAUUCAAAUACAAAAGUACAGAACUUUGUGCUUCCCAGUUGCUAUUCUCUGCUACUUAUGACUGUAUUUGGUGUGCUGGCUUUCUUCGCCGAGAUAACUCUAGCGAGAGGACUUCAGCUUGAGAAAACCAGCAGAGCUGUCAAUAUACUCUAUCUUGAGGCAGCUCUCUCACAGUUGUUACGAAUGGGUUAUUCGAGAAUUGCAUCGCUUGGUAGCAUAGUUGGGUGUUCACUGAUUUUGAUUUCAACUAGUUUCACGAUGUUGUAUUGCGGACAUGAUUGAGUCUGAACAAGCAAUGCACUUACAGGCGGGUCUCAACUCCAAGGUGAUAUUCUUUUACAUUCUUUGUUGUAUUGAUUCUUGAUUGAUUCAAUGUCAAGUGAUAUAAAUAAUGAUGUGCAUAAUGUGCAUCUGGAUGUAUUCAUUUGUGUACUCUUCCAACAGCAUCCAAGAAACUUCAAAAUUAGUGUCAAUGGUUUGUUUGAGAUGGGGAUGUGUUUUAUUUUUCGUUUGUUCAGUUUAGAUUUAUCACUCAUUAAGUUGGCUGAGUGUUGGGUUUUUGUUAGAUGCCAAAAAUGCCCACUUCACCAAAUGUCAUGGUCGUGGUUUGCAUUAUUCUAAACAAUUCUCAAGUGAAGACAACUCUAUUUACAUGCUUACAAACUGAACCAAUUGAACCUCAUUUGCAAAAAAAAUUUACUCUCUUCAGUAAAUACACCACAUUUUUCCUUUAUUGCUAGGCCCUAGUGACAUGAUAAAUACAUUUUCUAAAUAUAAAAUUUUUUGGGUGAUCCUCUAAUAUUCUCCAAGAAGCAGUGCUAUGUAAGUUCAUGCGAUAAUUUGCCGUGCUUGUAAGUAUAUAUAACUAAGGCCAAGAGAUGAUUGGUAGCCACUAGAGAAAAGAGCAAAUAGAGAAUUAAGAGCACAAAAUUGACAACAUGUCAAGUCUCCUAAUCUACUUGUAAUAAACAAUUUUCUCAGAAAUCAAAUGAUAAUUUCUCUGUUAUUGCCUCUCCUCUACACCAUUGGCGUUUGCAUAGAGCUCAAGAGUCUGUGAAUCCUUUUACCCGAUCAUCUGGUGUGAAUAUAUGGCGGCCUGUAGGAGCAACAAUGAUACAAGCAUGAUUUGUUCUUCAUAAUUCUAAUCCCAGGAGGAUUCUCAAUGGAACGUGCAAGAAACCAACUAUGAUUACUGGAUUCACCAAAUCAUGAGCCAUGAAGGCACAGCACUUUGAUUACUUGAUUUUCAGUUGAAUCUGAAAUUCAAUCCAAAAAUCCAUGUUUUAAACUGGUUGGUUAUCUAUAAAGAUAUGAGUCCCAACUCCCAAAGUAAAUAACGAAGAAGCUAGCUUUUUAUUUGAUAACAUGAUUUCACUUUAGUGGAAUAAAAGGGGGUUUAGGUCUCUCUUCAGCAAAAAUCAUGUCUUGGAUUCUCUUACAAAUAUUUUUAAUGUGUCCAUAUUAAGCUAAUCCACAAACAACAAUAUUACAAAAUCAACAAAAAGGUAAUUUCCUAGAUAGAAUCAUACACAGAUACACUCUAUACCCCUCAACGUGAUUUGAGUAAAACACAAAUCCAACUUUGGAAUUGGUAAAAUUAAAAGAUGAUAAAAAAGUAAAUAUAAAAGUAAAAUAAAAAUAAUUAACAACGUUUUAAAAGUUCAUAAAUCGAAAAGUAAUAACAUAUGGAAUAUUAAUACUCCGUAGAGAAAGAUGGAGAGGAGCCUCAGAUAGUCGAUCUGUCCACAGUAAAUUUCAGACGGUAAUUCCAGAAUAAGUAUAAAGAAUCCUC